CCCUUACUGUUCUGUGUUUGACAGUUUUUUGACGUUUAAAUGGCACAUUGAAGUUUAACAUUUUUAAUUUUAAGUAAUUAAUUUGUAAGGAUGGUAAUUCAUGCUUUCCCUGCCGCCAAACUUGGAGCCCUCUUAAUAAAACAGAUUAGUAAACCGAUCGCUAAUGCUGUCAAACAGGGAGCAAAAAGUUCGCCAGUUUUUAGGAAAUAUGUGUGUCUUCCGCCUGCACAAUUCUACAAUUGGUGUGAACGAAAGGCAAAAAUGUGGCUACUUCACCUGGGACAACCUGUGAACAUCACUGUUUUAAACGAAGCUGCUUCCAUUGAGUUAGGUGCAAAUCUUUUAGGCGAAACCGUUAUUUUUAUCAUAGCGGCUGGUGUUUUACUGGCUGAAUAUAAUAGGAGUAGUAAAAAAGAAGCUGCUAAGGAAGAAGCCCGAAAACUUGAAAUGCGCGAACUGCAAACUGCCUUAAGAGACUUAUUCAUUCAAACAGAAGAACAAGGGGCUUACAUAAGAGAAUUGACAAGAAAAGUUGGAGAAUUAGAAACAAGAGUUGGUUAUAAAACUACUCCGCCAAAAAAUAGCCCACCAAAGGAGCCACCAUCGCAAGAUCCCCCACAGUAUAAACCAAGCAAUGAAAAUAUAGUUCUAGCUCCGGAAAAAUUAGCAAAUUUAGACUUGACGGAAAGUCAUAAGCAUAAGCCGCUUAAAGGAGUCAUAUUUAGGGCUAUUAGUGACGUUGAAAACAACUUUUUCUUUGAUCCUAACAGUGAAAGAGAGGAAGGCAUAAUUUCAGUCGCUUUAAACCAUAUUUAUAAAAAUGUAUAUAGGAGUCAUUUGACGUUCUGAUUCGAGUGUACAGUAUUUGUAAGUCAUUUGUUAAGUUUUAAACAUGUUUACAAUUGGCUUUGAGCUUAUUUUUUAUUUCGAAUCCCAAAAUUAUGAACAACUAAUUUUAUGUUUAUUGGCAUCAUUUGGCAUUUUAUGAGUUAACGAAGUGUUGAAUGUAAAAUAAAAGUAUAAUGAAUAAAUAUUAAAUCAUCUCGUUAUAA